AUUCCAGAUCCAUACCAUCUAGCCGAGGUGAAGAGUGGACUGCAGCUAUGUGUUUCAUUGCUGUCAACUUCUCCUGGCAAAGGUCAGUGGCUUUCACUGAAUCUUGGAAAGAGAAGAAGUAUUUAGGAGAAUAGGCAGAGGUUUGAAAAUGGAUAGAAUGUAAUUGAAGAGGGGGAUGAAGGAGGAAGUACGGCCAGACGUUGCUAUAAAGCAGAGCAGGACCCUCAGGCAUUGUGCUGGUUCAGCUUGACCAAAUGGCCUCUUUGCAGCCUGGUCACGGUCUUCUUUCAUGGGCUUUAUUCAGGUGUUUUGUUUCAGGUGAGAAGGAGGGGAAAGUCCGGUAGUCAUAGCAACCAAGUGGAGCGUUUUUUUCAGAAAAGGGUCAGUUACACUAAAAUAUCCCAAACAUUUCCUCCCAAAUUUAAGUAACUUUCCUUUUAUUUGAAUGGUGAUUACCCAACCUUCGCUAACGAAAAAGAUGCUGAUACAACAGCACCGACAAAGUAAAUACAUAAAUAUAUAGAUAAAUAAAUAAAUGAAAUACAGUUCCUUUAAUGUCCACCUGGGGCUGCGUCUGAAAGCCACAACAAUCCAACUAAUGCUAUUUAAAGUGCUUUUUUCCCAACCUGAUAUAAAAAGCCAGUUUUGGUCUAAAGAGUUCAUUUUUACUUGUAAAUACAGUUAAUUUUAUGAAUUUUCAAAACUCAUUUGUUCUGGUAAUAUCAAGGUCACAAUUUUACAUUAUUCGGGAUGAGGCUAAAUUUGCUUAUGAAUGAAAGGGUUUCAGCUGUUUGUCAGGCGGCCUGAACCCUGCCUCGACUUCAUAUAUCAUCUUGUGUAACCAUUUCCAAAUUGGUGACAACCUCUGGUGGUGAUGAACCAACCAGAGAAAGUAGCAAUCGAAGGCUACUUUCAUUACCCCUUCACAAACUGACUGUAAGUGUGGCAACCUGUUUUGUUUUCCUGUGAAUAUUUGAACCCCCUCCCCAUCUUUAUCUCCUCUUCUUUAUUGAGUAGAUGUUAAUCUAAUCUCCGAGGUUUGUGUACACAAUAGUCCUAAAAGUUGCUCCAAAUUGGAGUCUUAUCCUAAUCCUCCCUUUCCCAAAACAUUAGCUUUUCAGAUCAGGACAUUGUUGGACAAAUGUCUUUGUCUCUGUGUGAAGGGGAUGGGGGUGUAAAGGCCACUUAAGAGCAAAUCUUAAUUAACUUUGGUUAAAAUUUGUUUGUGAGACAAAACCAGCCAUUGUCUUUGUUGGGGUGCAGGUUGAUGCAUGUGUGAAGAUAUUAGGCAAAGUAGGGUAGUCACCUUUAAGUGCAUCCAUAAAAACACACAAUAGUGCUUAAUGUAGCAAUUUUAUGCUACGCGGAAACGCCCAUCAAUACCUGUGUCUGAGGUGUAACUUGUUCCAUGGACAUGGCAUGAACACCUGUCUCUCUAAUCCCAACAAUUAACCUGGAGACUAGCUCCCAUCUUAGGUUACAUCCAACAAGGCUAGCCCAUCCUUUGUCCCUGCGCGUCAGCCUGUACAAUCUUCUAAUCAGAGAAACCCUAUCCCCGUCUCCUAUCCCUUUGUUUGAGCUGGAAGAGAGACAGACAAGACCGGGAAGGAGACAGAUCCUGCCUUUAUGUCUGCCAGCACUAGUGUUUAGCCUAUAAUCCAAAACUACCGCCCCUCCACCCCCACACCGUCUCUCUUUUUCACUUUCUUUUUCUUGAGAUGCAGUGCACAUUCUGUUUUAUCCUCCGUCCGAGCCUGUAUUCCAGUCACAGAUGCAUUGAGGGAAUUAUAUGAGACAGGUAUUAAGCUGUGAUUUAUUUAUCUGAGAUUGAAACCAGACCUGCGCCUGAAACCUGUCAUGUGGUUUGACUGCCCAUCGCUCACCUCAUCAUCUUACACAACGGUGUACUUGUUCCAAAUAGGGCCAUGUCCCCAAUGACCACAUUUGGUCAUAUUGAUCUCUGGAAUAUCAUCUUUAAAAGACACCCAGAGGUUCAUAUCAGGAAUGGAAAAGCUCCCUGGAGACUGGAGCAGAACAACAGGAGAACAAUACAAGACCAGUGGCUACAAGCCAGAUAAAGUGUCAGCUUAAGCCUAUCUCGGUGCCCUGAGGCCGUAACGAUUAGCCUCAAAACAUUUGCCGUCCUUUGCUCGUUUCCACAGAUGCCAUAGUUACGCCAAUGAGAAACGCUGGAAGACAAUGAAGAACAUAUGAGGGAAGGUAGCAGGUGAAAAGGUCUUAUGGGAAUGGCUAUUACAGGAUGUGGCAGAGCAGUUUUGCUACAGGGCUCACUGCUGGUAAGGAUUUAUUGAUCCAUCUUCCUAUUCUCUUACUUCCUUCAAUUUAAGAAAGUAGGUUGUAAGAGAAAGCAUGAGGGCAAGUAAAAUUCUUUAUAUUGUCUUGGCUUUGUUUCUCAAUGCAUUAUACAAAUUAAGGGGUCGAAACAGCGGGGGAGUAACUAUGGCAAAGCGAAGGUUCACCCUGUGGCAAAGUGGUAACCUCACACCCUUUUUUCUGCAUCCAGCUCCUGCACAUAAAACCAGCAGUCUAGAAGGAGCAUCCGGGGCCAUGAGGAUAUGGUCAAUCAGUUUAAAAGCUUAUAAAAGCCUCUCUGGAUUAGGCUUUUCAACAUGUCAGGAAGCUGGUAAAAAUGGUUUUGCUUCCUUGGUGAUGUUGGCUGGCAAACUAUGGCUCAUAACAGUUCAAUGAUCCUGGAUUUUAAACACGGAGGUAAUGGCGAACGCAGAAAUUCUACCCCCACAUCAGCUAAAGCAGUUGUCCUCUGUUGAAAUGAUUCAACUUAUAAAUGCUCAGAAUCUGAGAGGGGGAGGUUUUCUAUUUUAUGUGCUUAAUAUUCCAUUUUUAAUGCCGUAGCAGCUCCGACCCGUAUUGUGUGAAGAUGCUUGCCGUUUCAUUCCAGAGAGAUGAUGAAAAAGUGUAAGACGGGUCCAGACGGUUACAGUUCCCUUGUGUACUGUGAGGGUCUGGACAUAGUGGAGGCUGAUGAGGGCAGCAGGAUUUUGGAAGAGAC